CGCGCGCAUACGCAGACCGCAACACAAUAGAUUCAAUUCAAAAUUUGCUGAAACAGUACACGUGUAGUAAUCGGUGCAGGAGUGCCUUGGAUACUGUUGUUUGUUUUUUAGACUAUUUCCUUAGUACAAAAGGGUGAACUUUAGUGCAUAUUGCACAUAAUAUGGCUGAACUACUUAAUCUAGAUAUGGAUUGUGAGAAUGCAGUAGCAAUACAAGAAUGUUUAAGCUCAAUAGCAGAGCAGAUGAACCAGAAUAAUAGUCAGAAGGAAUAUAGUGCCGUGGAACCUAAUAAAGAUGUAAGUGAAGACCGAAGCCUGCAGAUGCAAAUGGAGAUUGCACCUGGAGAGUUGGAAUAUGGGCAGGGGCUUCUCGGCCCACCAGGGAUCACUGGUGGCCUCCUUGAUCUAUAUAUCAAUGACAAUGAUGUCCUCGAUAGAAAUGAAGAGGCUACAAUUAACAAUAAUGAAGAAGGAGCAUCCCCACCACCAUUGGUGCUGGCACCACUGGCAACCCCUGGAAACCUGCAGGUCAUCAGAAGCACCAAGUUCAUGGAUGAUUUAGGAAAAGAAAUAAAGCUGUACCGGACUCGCGGCGUGCUGCGAGGAGCGUUAGUUUUGUUCAGCUACUCCGAGUUCACGACCGGGGAGAACUUCAGAGACAUUGCUAGCGACAACGAGAUGUUGAUGGAUCUAUUCAGGCAGAUCGGCUUUAAGCUGAUCCUGCCCCAUGAGAACAAGACUAAACAGGAAACUUUGGACUUAAUAAAGGCACUCGAGCUAGACGGUUUCGAGUGCGUAUUCUUCGUGGUUUCGUCCCACGGGUACGGCCGGGUCGGCAUGUGGGACACCGAGUUCCGCUGCACGGAUGGCGGGCUGAUCUCUUGUUAUGAGGUCGUCGACCGUUUCAAUAGUGAGAACUAUCCAACGCUGGACGGUGUACCUAAGGUGUUCAUAUUUCAAGCGUGCCGCGGUAAGAAAAGGCCGCUGGAGUUGCAGGGAGUGCAAAUAGACGUCACCAAUUUUAACGAGGAGACCGAGGCGCGUGAGUCCCGCAGCCGCGGACGUAACUACUCCGAUAUACUCAUCGCACACUCCACGCUGCCAGGUUUCGUCUCACCCCGCAACGAAGGUGACAACAAAGGCUCCUGGUACAAGCAAGCGCUGUGCGCCGUGUUCGCUGCGCACGCGCACGACCACCACGUGAUCGAGCUAUUCCAGCUAGUCGACGAGGCGCUCAAGCGACAUUGCCACGCGGCCACCACCACCGUCGAGAGCUGGGGCUUCAAUAAGCAUCUUUACUUGCACCCUGGCUUGACUGAAGACGCUAAUGGCAACCCUAAAUUCAUGCAGUAGUUAAAUAAGAUUAGUGCUUGCCAGUGAACUAAGUGAAGUGUGUAAAAAUAAUAGUGUUUUUACCUCCCGCCCGCCGCCGCUUAAUAAUCUACUAAAAGACAUUCAAACGUAUCAACCAAUUUACAAAUACAUUCAAAACACAGUGUUAAUACUUUAAUAGUAGUGCAGUGUAAUAAAAAUAAAGACUUGGCUUAAAGGUCUAGUAACCAGGCCAUAAAAAAAAGUAGUUAAAUAAAAAACCGGCCAAGUGCAAAUAGGACUUGCGCACGUUGGGUUCGGUACCAUUACGCAAAAAACGGCAAAAAAAAUCACGUUUGUUAUAUGGGAGCCCCAUUUAAAUAUUUAUUUUAUUCUGUUUUUAUGAAAUGAAUUAUUUAUUUUGCCAGAGACAUGGUUACAUAAGGUGUUAUAAAGUUUUACACAACAAUUCAUAGAUUUAGAUUUAUUUAUUUCAUAAUAUUAAAUUACAAUAUAAAUUAUUUUUACACUAAUCUAUACAAAUUUAUAUUAUGAUCGUCAAUUGGAAAAUAAUAAUUGAUUGUAAUUAUACAAAAACAAUAUAUAAUAAGUAUAUUAUUUACAACAAAGUAACAUUUAUAUUCCUACUAUUAUAUACAAUAUCUAUUUUAUAAUUAGUUUAGUUUAGUACUCGUACCUACACAGACAUUUACAUUAAUUGUCAAAAUUGUACAAAAUCAAAAUUACCUACUUUACAUUUAUUGUAUUAUUGUUCACAAUGGUCACGCGCUCACCAACAAUGGGCACGCGCACACUGAAAAGGAACAAAGUCUUUUGUUUAACAGAUUAGAGUCUUUAGCGAAAAAAUCAUUUGAAAAGAUGCAGACUGUACUACUUAUGUAUAUGUACUUGUAUUAGUAUAAU